AUGGACACAGAUCAAAUUUUUGGAGGAAAAGUGGUUAUUUUUAGAGGUGAUUUUCGACAGACAUUACCAGUUAUUAGAUAUGGGAAGAAAGAAGAUUUCAUUGAAGCAAUUUUGGUUAAAUCACCAUCAAUCUGGCCAAACACCCAACGAUUAAAAUUGGUCCAAAAUGUGCGUGCAAAUGAGGAUUCAGCAUUUUGUGAGUACUUGAUGAAGAUUGGCAAUGGAACUGAACAAUUCGUUGGUCGAGACAAGAUUAAGAUUUCAUCCUCAUUCAUUAUUCCAUGUCCGAAUGAAGAUAUUUCUCUUGAUUCUUUAUUUCAAUCUGUAUAUCUUGAUUUAACAUGUUUCGGGAAUGAUCCUUAUUCAUUAAUGAGCAGAGCCAUCUUAACAACUAAGAAUGAGAUUGCAGAUGAAAUUAAUUCUAUCUUAAUAGAUAGAUUCCCGGGUGAAAGUAAGUGCUAUGUUAGUUUUGAUGAACCACUUAAUUCGAACCAGUUGCAUUGUAAAGAUUAUUUACACACUUUAUCCCCAGCUGGCCUACCUCCUCACAAGUUACUUCUGAAGAAAAAUUGUCCUAUAAUUUUAUUGAGAAAUCUGAAUCCAGCUGAAGGAUUAUGCAACGGGACGAGAUUAGUUUGUGAUUCAUUUGAAGAUCAUCUCAUCAGUUGUUUCAUUGCAGUUGGUGAAUACAAAGGAAAACAUGUCUUCGUUCCAAUAAUUCCUCUUGAGCCAUCAAAGGAUGAAAAUUGUCGGAUACCCUUUAAAAGAACCCAAUUCCCUAUUAAAGUGUGUUUUGCCAUGACAAUUAACAAAGCUCAAGGGCAAACAUUAGAUUUUGUUGGAAUCUACUUGAAAGAGCCGGUUUUUAGUCAUGGACAAUUGUAUGUUGCUAUGUCUCGGGCAAAAAAAGCAGAUUCGAUCAAGAUGAUUAUAUUCAGUGAUGAUGGUCACAACAAACUGAUCAAUAUUACAAAUAAUAUUGUUUAUCAAGAAAUCUUGGAUUACAUAUCUCAAACAACUGUUGCACCAGACAAAAACUAA